GGGAGUGAAGUCAGCAGAUCUACUAUCGGGCUUUGUUUACCCAAUGAAGGGGAGGGGGGACACGUGCCUUUUCUUGCGCCCAUGGCUCUAGUGACUUGUCUUAAAUGAGAACACGAGAUGAUUUCAUGGCCUUUCUUAUAUUCAGGUAUUUUAAGAUAGCAUAUGUGGCAUGGGGUUAUAAAUUGUGAUGUGCAACUUCAAAAUUGACCCCUAAAUAUUAAAAUGCCAACGUGACAUUUAGCAUGCAUGAGCAGCACUUAUUUCCAAGACAUCCUACGCACGGGACUUUUCCCGUUUCGCUUUUAGUUUCAUCACAGUGACUUUGAUCUAAGCCAGGCUCAAUCAUAUCCAUGGAUUUUCCAUUUUCCAUUUCGAAACCUGGAAAUUUUGCAGCUAUUUUUGCAUCCAGCCACAGCGCUAGUAUAUUUAUAUGUAUGAGCCUUAGAACGAAACUCCUCAGUUGCAGAGACGAACUGCCUCAUAUCAGUGAAAAACGUAUAAAAUUAAGUGGUCGUGAAAUGGGAGGUAUCUUCUCAUGGAGCCGAUGGGUGAAUGGAGACAGAGAUCAAAACACAACUCGGAACGCUGGGCCUAGCCCGUCAGAAUAUGAGGAAGCCGAAUAUAGAGGAACCGAACCAUCGGCACCAAAAUCGAAGAAAUUAAAAGGUGAUGGAAACGGCCCGCCCGAAUACAGAGGUGGCGAGCCGUCGACAUCAGAGUUAAUACAAGGCACUGGAGCGGACUCGUCUGAAAGCAAUAAAGCCUUGCAGAAAGUAAAAAACGGACUUUACAACGUCAAGGUAUCGAGGCAUGAUGCCACAGAGCUACAGAGAAAGCUGGAGGGGGAGUUGUUUAACAAGUGGGAGGAAGGCUGUGAAGUCAUGGAAGCCAAAAGGAUCCCAGUUGCCAACAUUACGCCGUUCCUAGAUCACAUGCAGGAUGCCUACGAAGGAAUAAAUGAUGAAAUGCGAAAUAAGAUGAACGGAAUCCACUGGGCAGAGGAAUGGUCUUACAAGGUUAUGGAGUUCAAGUAUAAUCAGAAAGACAACUCGGGGGCUCGCUACGGCAUGGUGGCGUUCGGCAAGUCAGACGACAACCAGUUCGUGGACUGCAUGUACGUGUUGUAUAAGAUGGACUUCAAGAUCGCCCCGCAGAGAAUUAUUACGGAAAAGAAGCACAGUGCGGUGCUGGGUCUCUUCAAAUGGACAACCACCAAGGAGAAGAUCGUGGAACGAGAGGUCGGCGCCAAGUCCAUCAAAAUGCUUCAGAACUUCUUCCGCGUGAAAGCGUUACAGGGGUUCUACAAGGAAGGUCUUAUAGAUUGCAUCAACUACGUACCAUCACUUGAGGACGUGGAUGAGAACGACGUACAGUAAUCGCGGAAGAUUCCUUUGGGAAACUUAACUGAUUUCUCAUGUCCAGGGUGGGACAUCUAAAACGAUAGACGGCGUGUAAAAUAAGCUUAACGCAAAAAAAAAAAAAAAAAGAAAAAAAAACAGUUAUUUACCCCUCUAUUACUCAGAUCGUCCUAGUCUGUUGUUAAUUACGCAAGCCAUUUAAAAUACCUGUGGUUUUGUUUAUUUAAUUUUUCUUUAUGAAGGUCGAAUUGCCUUUUUGUGACGUACGUUGUUUUCACUUGAAAUCCAUACGAUACUAUAGUCCACAGGUGUACUAAUUAUGCUUGUGACUGUCUUUUAUGAAUCCAGAUGUUUAUCACUUAGUUAAUUUCAAACGUGAUUCAUUAUGUUCAUCUUACUUAAAGUCUACUUUUUUAUGAAGAAAUUGAUUUUAGAACGUAAUUUUCAUUCCAAAUUAAGAUAUAUUUUCAUUCUCAUGUAUCUUAUAAGCGCAUAGAUAAUGUCUAAGAAUGCUAUAACACAAAGACAAAUUAACUGGAAAUCUCGUUAUGGCUUCAAUAAACCAGUUAACAAACAAGAAAACUCUCUGCAAAUACUUGGAAAAUAUAUUCAGCAGUGCAGGUUAGAAGUGACACUGCAAUUGUGUUAAUAUAAUUUUAACACUGUGCUUAUCCCUAAAUGAAGAUGAUCUCGGGUCAUCUUGACCCAGAGAGUGCUCCCCUCCUUCUGUUUGGUUUGUGUACGCAUGUUUCAGCACAUUGCCAAAUGCAACUUAAUGCUCAAUACCAUUUGAGUGAGAAGGGGCGAGAUCAACAGGUGCAACUUUCAGACUUGUUCAAGCAAAAAGAAAUAAAUCGAACAGUGUAUGUUAGAAUUAAACUUCGCAGCAACAAUAUUUUAUUCGAUGACACUAGAUAUCAAAGGGUUCGGUAGA